AUGACGGAACUAAGCCCUUUCUCAUACUAUAAGUCCUAUCGAGUCCUAGUGUGCCAGACAUGUCACUAUGGUUGUGUAGCAGAUGAGGUUCCUACUCAUUUGCGCACCAGGCAUAAAUCCAUGACACCAGCUGCACGACGUCAAUUAGCUGAGAUUAUCGACGAGCUCCCUGGAAUUAUCAAAAACCAAUCACAAUUAGCCGAUGAAUUCCAGUUUCCGCCUCCUACAAUUCCUCCGAUUCCGGAGCUUGACCCCCCACAACCUGAUGGGCGAGGAUGUCGAAUAUGCCAGCUUGUUUUCAGGGACGAUCAAAAGAUUCAACAACACUAUGCCACUCAGCACUCCUGGACUAAUCCCCAAGGUCGCGGAAGGCCCCGAAUACAUGAUGCUUAUGCACGGCCCCAAAAACCAUGGAGAGAGGGUGUUAUGUGUCAGCGGUUUUUUCGAUCCAGAGCGGCCAGUGGCUGGUUUGAGGUUGGCCGCAAGCUGACAGACCGUGGGUACACAUCGAAAGCCAAUGCAACAAUCAUCACGAAGCAGCCAAUGCGCAGCAGCAAAGUAUCGCCAGAAACGCGCGCACACAUUAAUGAGGUGUUAAAACGUGACAAGAUGUAUCGGGAUGCUGAAACUCAACCACGUUUCUACAGCAAGGCUCUUGGAGACGACUCGUUUGCAGCAACAAGUCUGUGGUUGGAACGUACACGAUGGCCAACCACAUACAAGAAUGUGCGGCGAGACAUACUACAGGCAAUGACACGUCUCCCAAUACGCGCCAAGGCCGGUUCAGUGGAGACAGACUAUAUCCUCGGACAAGGACCGUUAGAUGGCGAUCCUGAUAUUAUGAUCCCCAGAAAGGAUGAAGAGAAGAUUAUGUGUUUCUUGAGCGCUGUUGAUGCCAUGCUCGAUCGAUGUGAGCUUACAGCGGAAAACACUGGUCGGGUGCUUCUAUGCUGGCUAGCUAGUUCCAGACUCGAUAUCUGUCAAGCGAAGCCAUUUGCUCUCAAAGUCGAGCAGAAUACACGGAAAAGGUAUCGACUCUUGUGGAAGCGGUUCAUCACGUUUACACUACGAGCAUAUCUCCUGCCGGGUAUAAUCAGAGAGCAGGAGGUUAAAAUUAACCUUGAUGCACGACUAAAAAGUCAAAUGAAACACCUAUGGGAACACCAUGCAUGGGAGAAUAUCGAUACGAUGAGACCAAUCUGGCCAAGCCUGCAGAGGCAGGACCAAAGUCCCGGCAUACCCCAGCGAUAUAACAACAAAGACAUCGAGAUCAAUCCUUCUGGCCGCUUCGAAAGCCCAAAUAGCAAUGACACCAGCAGUAUAUCUGGUGAAGAAUCCAGUGAUGACUACGAGAGCAGUGAACAAGAGGAUGGCAAUUUCGAAGACAGUGAAAGAGAGGAUAGUCUCGAUGAUUGGACGUAUGAUAUGGAUAGUCGGAAUGUGCCUGAUGUAUCCUCAUUCUGUCGUGACUCAGGCCAUAGAUCCAUGGACAGAAUGACAGUCGAGAGUGCCAAAGAAUUUCUUGAGCUUCUCUUUGAACUCAGCUUAUCGAUUACCAUGGAAAGCUUUGUAGAUGGACAACCCGGUUCUGCAUUGCUUAGAGUAUUGCCAAACUUGUCAGGACUUAUCUGGGUGCAGCGCUUAUUAUUCCGCGAGUACGCGCUACCUCUUCACUCAUAUCCUACUAUCGGAAUCCAACAACGACCGCAGUUUCCAAUGCAACGGCUAAAUGAGGUACGACAGAAGUAUAUGGUACAGGGGUCGCGCUCACCAUUGGCAGAGCUGCAUAAUCUUCGUAACUUUGGUCAGAAAGUGGCCAAAACCGAGUCACCUCCGUUCCUCUUACGCUGGAAUGACGAUGGGAAGGUUGUCUCGUACGGGAGCGAUUUCUCACUGUCUAUGAAGGAGUUUCGUGGACUAGCCGAUCACUUCAUUGCUCGGGCGGAGGACCUGUGUGACGAGCUUAUGUUCGGAUUUGAGCCCAACUUGGAUGUUAACAAGAUCAAAGAUGAUUUCACAAACACACAGCCAGGGUUCUCCUUCGUCAGCCAUCCCGACAACAAGUUCGAUACAAUGUACCAAGAGCUUCUUGUCCAAGCUUGCACGUCAUGUGGGGUUAGGCUUGCUAGGAACGGUCACUGGAGUUUUCGAGUAGUCACUUGGUAUCUUCAAAAAGUGGCGACAUUGGAAGAAAAUAUCAGCGGCGGCUUCUACUCUAGAAUACUAGUCAGUAACGGGGCCCGUUACGGGUUUUAUGCCAAUCAAAGGUCUAGAAGUCGACAGGGAUUCCUAAAACUCGUAACGGGCCCCGUUCCUAUUCAGGUCAUGUUUACCAGAUCGCGAAAUGGGGCCCAUUUCAUAGCGCGGUAUUCCAUGCCAUCCAUGCAGAGUUUCAUUACGCGUAAGCAAGAACCAAUCAUAGGUAACCAAAAUAAUUAG